AUGCUGAAAUUCCUCUCAAGAGUGAAAAUCGAGUUCAACGCAUUGGAUCCACGAACCGCAUCGUGUAUGGAAUUUCUCGCUCAAUGCAACUCACGAAAGGCCAAAGAAUCAAACCCUGCUUGCGAAGUCGAGGUCAAGCGUAAGAACGUGGCACAUCCGCCGCAGAUCACGGUGACGUUCGUUAACGGCGUGGAAGAAGCUUUCGAUGCAACGUCGACGCCGGCGCACCAUAUAACGAAGAUGAUUCUGGAAAAAGGUCAGUUCCUUGAGACUGAACAGAUGUUCCGUGAAGCUGGGGAACAAUGGCCGGUUAUCAUCCCCGAUGAAGAACUCUCUCAACACGCACCUGGCACAAAACCUAGGAAAGCAGAGGAGAAGAAGCAAUAG